UCCAGGUAGUGUACAAUCUUUUACUGUCUUCAGUUAUAGUCUACGAGACAAUUUAACAACUAACUUGGGGGAGGGUUGAGGAGAGCUUGAGGGAAUGGGAUAGUCUAGAUGGAGGAAGGACAGAAAUGAGAGCAAGGAAAGAGACAUUUUGAUUGAGGGAGACAUUAUGGGGUUAGCAAGAAACCUGGCCCUAGAAAUAUUCCCAGGAAUCCACAAGGAUGACCCCAGCUAAGACCCUAAGCAAUAGAGGAGAGGGUGCCUGAACUGGCCUUGCCCUGUAGUCAGACUGAUGAUUAUCUUAAAUAUCACCAUAGAACCUUCACCCAACAACAGAUGGAAACAGAGGCAGAAAACCACAUCAGAGCACUGGACUGAGCUCCCAAGGUACAGUUGAAGAGUGGAAGGAGUGAGAAUAUGAGCAAAGAGGUCAAGACCAUGAGGGGUUCACCCACUGAAACAGUUUGCCUGAGCUAAUGGGAGCUCACUAGCUCCAACUGGACUGGGAGCGAACGAGCAUGGGAUCAAACUAGUCACUCUGAAUGUGGUUGACAGUUGGGGCAGACUGAGGGGCCACUGGCAGUGGCACUGGGAUUUGUCUCUACUGCAUACAAUGGCUUUCUGGGAUCCUAUUCUCUUUAGAUGUAUACCUUGCUCAACUUAGAUAUAGUAGAGAGGGGCUUAGACUUGCCACAGGGCAGGGUGCCUUGUCCUCUCUUAGGACUGGAGGGGGAGGGAGUGGGAAUUUGGAUUGGUAUUUUUUAAGGCAAUAAAAUAAUAAUAAUAAUAACAAUAAUAAAAACAACUAACUUGGUCGUUCCUGCUUUGUUUUUCUUUCUGCUAGCUGUCAGUACCGCUGUGCCCUCUGCCUCCUGGCUUGUCGGCGGACCCCAUAAGAGUCACCUGACUACUGUGCCUCAGCAUCGGAAUAAAACAGAACACGAUGACAUAGGGAUAAAUUCAGAGUGUUCAGGGAUCUGGAAACAUAAGUAUUCCUGCCAGUCAGGGAACUAUAGUGUUAACCAGGAAUUCAGCCCGAGGGAAACUCCCUUCUUACUGUUUCGGGCUCAAACUUUGUCCUCUGAUUAGUCCUCUGUGCUUCCCUGUUUGCUUUGGCAUUUUAUAUGCCCAAUCCUAUCACACAUUUCAUUAAACCAUAAACCACGAGACGCCUUAGCUGGAAAAGGACCAAUAUUGUUCCUAGAGAAUACGGUGUCCCGAAUUCUCACACAGCACACCACCCAUGCCCCCUGGCCCUGAUUCAACCUCUAGAUCCUUAGUCCUCCUCUAAUUCAUAUAUAUUUUUUUUGUUUUACUAUAAUAGAGAAAAUAAUCCCCACAGAGUAACAAAUUUUAAAGCAUUCUUCCCAGUACAACGGCAAGUACUGAGAAGAGGUCAAAGGUACGGACUGAAAACCGUUCAGACCCACUAGUGUGGUUUUCCCCAUGCACCGAUGACCUUAGUUAUCUUAGUUAUCCAUGCACCGAUGAUCUUAGUUAUCCAGAUUAUUAUCCGUUCAGCAAACAAUGAGAACCCAUUAUUUGUUGCUCACCGAGCUAGCCAUUUGGUAUAGAGAGGAGCAUGUUCACACACCCUUCCCUUCCUGCGUUCAGGAGAAAGGUUGAGCAGAGAUGUUUGCAGGCCCUGAGAGAAGUGGGGAUUUAUAUUAAAAGUGAUUCAGAGGGACAUACAUUUUAAGAAUUCUAAUGUUUUUUAAAAAAAUGUUUGCAUGUGUGUGUGUUCAUGUGUCUGUUUACAGACAUGAAUGGAGCCAGAAGACUACCGCGGGUGUUAGUCCUACCCUUCCACAUGGCUGAGACAGGUAUAUUGUUCAUUCCUGUGCACACCGGGCUAGCUGGCCCUCGAGUCUCUGAGGGUUUUCCUGGCUCCUCCUCCAUCUCGCAGUGGAAGUGCUCUGAAUACAGAUGUGUACUGUCAAAUCCUGCCUGGACCUGGGUUCUGAGAUCCAAACUCAAGUCCUCACCCUUGUGUGGAAAGCAUCUUAGCUUACUAGAUACCUCCCAUGCCCUAGAGAAAUCAUUCCUAAGAACUUACUUAAGAAAACAUUGGGAUGCGUGGACACAGAUUACAAGACUGACCACGACCGCAUUGCUAUGGUCAUAAUAAGCAUUACUGGAGAUGGGAGUGUAGCUCAGUAAUUUGACUAGCAUGGACAGGCUGCCAGUUGGCUUCCCAGCAACAAGAUUGUUUUAGUAAUAAUACACACCAGAAAAAGAACACAAGUGAUCUGAAUAUUCGGCAGUUAAUCAAGAAAAUCACUCAAUGAAAAGUUUCUGUGUCCCAAUAAACCUCUCCAAAUCAGACCAAAUCAAACCAAAUUAGAAAAAGCCCAGAUUUAAUGGAUACUAAUGCUCCCGGGUGUCCUUCCAGGCCCGCAGAGAGAGGAGAUGGGAAAGGAAGAGCGGAAAAACACACGUUUGUCCUGGGGAGGGGUGCAGUUUAAAUACCCUGUAGGAGUGUGGGUCUUGAACAUCUCUGAGGAGGGGUCACAGAUUGGCGGGCUUUCUCUGAGGUGGAGUUUGGACUAAGGCAACUCCCAGGGGAGGGGGCCUGGGAUGGAACUUUCCACCCAAACAUUCCAGACUCUUUGGAUAUAGGGAUGCCAGGGGCUGGGGUGACACUUCCAAGUAAACACACAGGAACACUCGUUUCAGUCAGUUGUGCACACCUGUAACUGCUCGGACCCAAAUCCUCGCACAGAAACUAUGUUAAUUAGUUAUGCUUUGUGCCACUGAACAUCAAACAUUACUUCUCUUCUUCAGCAGCACCCUCAAGCCUGGUACCCUUCCUUCUCCAUCUGACCCCAACCCUCCUCAGACUCUGGAGAUCACCUGUUACUGUGGAUUUCCACACCCAGCUUCCAUAUACAAGAACUCCCGGCCUUUGCCUUUCUGUUCCUGACUUCCUUCCAAAAGCAUAAUCCCCCUCCUGGCCCAUCGGGUCACCUCACUUCUCUUAGAACUAUCUGAUUUUUCCUAACCAAGAAAUGAAUCUGUAGAAGUUUACAGCUGGAGCUCCCUAGCCUAAGGGAUGUUUCACAGUGGAAAGCACAAAGACACACAUCAUUUUAUGUCCUCAGUGUCCUCCCUCAAAUACCUUCUCACUCUCUGCCCUCCAGCUUUGUCCUGUGCCCUAAUACCACUCCAUUCCUGAUCUUCUCAUCCAUGGCUUCAUUUAAAUAAUAAAAAAAACUUCUGAAACCACUUUAUGUGGUCUGAAGCUGAGCAUCCUUCCAGGGACUGUGACUAAAACCCUAGUUCCUAGGGGGUUGCUGUUGGGAGGUGAUGGAGUCUUUGAGUGGUACCCAAAUGUACACCUUCACAAAGGAUUGUGGGAUGCCAACCUCUUCCCAUCUGGCAUCCUGUUUGAUGUUGGAAGCUUCUUAGACCCACCUGGACACUGGCAUCUCCAUUGUGUUUUGGCUCAACUGAGCUCCAAGCUGAUGACACUCUGAUUCUAGGACCUCCCAGAUUGUGAGCUAAAUGAGUAAGCCUUUUAUCUUUAUAAGUCAGCCAUAUUGGAAUCCACUGUCAUAACGAGCCCUACUAAUAUCCACCACCAUUUUAGGGUCUUUCUGAGUUAACACUGGCCCCUGGGUAGGGAUGUCCAACUUUUUGGCAUUUUGCAACUUGAUGCUGUCAUCUACAAAUCCAUUGGGCCACAUUCAUAGCUAUCCUGGGCCACAUGUGGCCUCCUGAACACAGGCUGGAUUGACUACGUAAGAACUCCCCUCAACACAUCACAUAGUCCAUAACCAGAGCCUACACCGUAGUUUCUCUUGACAAAGCCUCAUGAUUCACUUUUUCCUUCACCUUAACCAAAACCAGUCUACCCCAGUAUUUCUCUCACCUGGGUCUUGGUUCAGAAGGAUGUGGCACUGGACCCUGCAAGGACUACAGGUUCCUGUUAGUGGACAUUAGGUUUGCUUUGUAGUGCAAUGAUGAGGCGAACCCUGCCCCCAAGGCUGUGAUUCUCGUCAUAGUCAUUCCGUGAGUGGGUUUUAAUCUUCUCGGUUCUUCAUGCUGUGAAACAUGUCUCCUAGUGACCCUGCCCAACAAUCGUUUCAUUCUAGGGCCCCAAGGAAGUGAUGUGAGGGAGAGAGAAGAUGCUAAUAAUAACCUAUCCCCAGAAACUCCCUAUCUCAAACCCCAAAAAAUAGAAAAGUAAGUAACUUAUGUUUUGUUUUGUUUUGCUUGAAAAAGGGUUUCUCUGUAGCUUUGGAGUCUGUCCUGGAACUCACUCUGUAGACUAGGCUGGCCUCGAACUCACAGAGGCCCGCUUAUCACUUAUCUCUCUCUCCUGAGUGAUCACCAUCCAGCCAAAAAUAACUGUUUCUUUUAAGCAAUGAUUCCCAACGGAAGCGCCCAUCAGAUUCAUCCAUGAAGCUUCUAUGAAAUUCAAAUGAUGCUCUUCCCCUAUUACUCCGGUGUGCAGAUGGGAGCUGGCAGAUAUGUUCUUGUAGACAACUAUAUGUUCAAUGGCAUCCGUGUGAUUCUGUUAGGACAUCAGCUGCCACACGGCCACAGGUGUUCUCUAGUCCCAGGCAAUGUGAACAAACAUCAGGCAGGGGAUUAACAGCCUGCUGGAAUCUGGCAUUAAAGAAACUGAGAACCUCCCAGGGCGGGGCUACCUGGCCUACUUCAACUGGGCACCCAAGGACACCUUUACAUUCACUUCCUGAUCCCACAGCCUCACUCCAGUCACUGCCAGACUCAGUGGCUCAGGCAGGAAUGCAGCAGGCAAGGCUUACUCUCGUAGCUGCGGCUGUGUGUGUGGCUCUCCGGACCUCAGAAGCCAUACUCCCCAUCGCUGCCAGCUGCUGCACUGAGGUUUCCCACCACGUCUCCAGAAGGCUUCUGGAGAGAGUGAACGCCUGCAGCAUCCAGAGAGCCGACGGGGACUGUGACUUGGCUGCCGUCAUCCUCCAUGUUAAACGCAGAAGGAUUUGCGUCAGCCCGCACAAUCAUACAUUGAGGCGCUGGAUGAGAGCCUCACAGGUGAAGACCAGCAAAGGAAACCCCUGCCGUAAGAGCGACCGAAAGAGUCACACCCCCAGGAAGCACGGGUCACAGAGCCACAAAGCUCCGGAUUAGAACAGACACAAGACCCUACGGGGAUAACGCCACGAGUGAACUGGUCCAUAGUUGGUCAUAAAGUUGCCCCCUGAAUCUUCCUUUCGGACACCCCAUGGUGUUUUGUUUUGCUAAUGGAUGGUUGCGGGUGAGGAUGUAAAUUCAGUGGUAAAGCACUUGUGCAGCUUGGAGGGUCAACCCUUGGCACCAAAAGCAAAGAUCAAACAAAAAUGUGCACAGGUGACCAAUGAUAUACUUAACUGAAAACAUAAAAUUCAUCUUUAUACACAAAAGGGAUAAUAUUGAUAGAAUUCUAACUUUUAAAUUGAAGUUCUCUGGUCCUACCGAGGAGCUGAAGGAUUGGUACAAGGAUUCUGUACACACCUGCCACCUGCAUUAGUCACUGUGACUAUUUUCUCUCUUCUGUGUGCUUGUGUGCACUGUAUGUACAUGUAAGGGGUUUUUCACUAAACCAUCUGUAAAGUUGCAAGCCUGACCUUUGUCUAGCCCAUUUCCUGUUAAUGAAGUAUUUCUGAUUAGGUAACUUCUAAAGAAUACAAGUUUAUUUGGCUCAAGUUUCUGAGGUGGGAAAGCCCGAGAACUUGACACUAACUGGUCAGCAUCUGGGAAGACCUUUACAAUGAACCUUAAUGUGACAUGUGGCAAGACAGCCCAGUAUGCUAACUGGAUCCUCUCCUUUUCUUAUACAACCACUAGCAACAUCAGGGAGACUACACCCAGGCAGCCUCAUUUAACCUCAACUAAGGUUAAAUUUAAAGGCCCAUCUCCAGAUGCCAACAACAUAGAGAUUUAAGGAUCAAGUUCCAAUACAUAAAUAUCUAGAGAACACACUCAAACCAUAGCAAUACUUCAGCUCCAAGUUCUUUCUCGAAUUAUCACCCAAGAAUAAACACAUUUUCCUAAAUAAUUACACUAGCCGUUUUAUACCUGGAAAGCCAGCAAUUUUGUAUAGUCUAUACUCAAAUUUCUUCCCAGAUCACCUUAUAUAAUUUUUUCCCAUCCAGGUUCACAUAUUGCCAUUCGUUUUUAUGUUGCCUUAAUAUUUUCAAUAUAAAAGUGUCCCUCGGGCUUUUUCUUUCCUCCCUUCCUUCUGUUCUUCCAUAGCUUGGACUCUUUAAAGAGUAAAGCUCAGAAUUUGCUGCACAUUCCACGUUCGUGUGAUUGGUCAUCGUGAUCAUCUCAGACUUUUCCUCCGGGUCUGUGCCCUUCUUGUUUCCUCUGUGGUUCUGCAGCAUCAUUUUCUAAGUCGAAAAAGGUAAGGCAAGUGGCACUUAGAGGUUUGAAAGGCUACGAUCAUGUUGUAAACUCGAAAGCUGGAGAAGAAACUCUGCCUCACUGCCCAGAACUUUUCUCUUCUGUUGUGGUUCUCAGAGUAGCAGCAGCAUUAUAAAUACAGAAAUUGACUGACCCGCAACUAGUCAAGUAGACCAGGCUGGUCUUGAAUUUACAGUCAUCCACCUGCUUCUGCUUCCAGAACAAUAAGAUUUAAGGCAUGUCCAACCACAUGGCUCUAGAAGCCAAUUUAAAAAAAAAAGACAGUUCCUAAUCCACUUCCUCCAUGUGUUGUGAGCUGAUACACACUGAGAAAUUUAAAGACCUGGUAAAAAAAAAAAAAAAAAAAAAGCCCAUUUCCAUGACAACCGUUAGAACAGGGUCAGUUUGCCAUGUGUCCUCGGUGUCUUCGGCAGUCCCAGGCAGUAGAAUUACUAGGAUUACUUGGAGGUACAAAUGGGACAUGAAGAAGUGCUAGGCCUGAUGUCAGUUAAAA